UUCAGUAAUGCCUAAUGCCGAUCAUUGAUUCCUCAUCAUCACCAUCACCAUCGACGUUUCCACAGUUCCUCUCUCUCUCUCUCGAUUCUCUUGGAAGUCUGAAAACCAAUGGCCUUGAAACUGAAUAGCUCUCUUUCACUCCUCCCCUCCACUCUGUCUCCCAAGCUCUCCGCCAACUCCUCCUCCUCCUGCUGCUCAAUUUCCACCUCCUCCCUCCUCUCCCCCACCCACUUCCAACCCAAAACCAGAGUUAUUCCAUUCCUUCAGAACCCCUGCCCAAUGAAAUGCUCCGUCCUUUCUCCUCUUGACGCCAAAGUCGGCGUCGGCGAGGACUGGCCCCUCGACUACGGCGACAUGUUCCCCAAGGCCGAUCCGAGCGAGCGCAGAAGAGCGGGCGUGCUGCUCCACCCGACGUCGCUCCGUGGACCCCACGGCAUUGGCGAUCUCGGAGAUGAGGCGUUUCGGUUCGUAGAUUGGCUUCAUGAGGGGGGUUGCUCCCUUUGGCAGGUGCUUCCGCUUGUCCCUCCUGGUCGCAAAGCCAACGGAGGAUCCCCUUACUCGGGUCAGGAUGCAAAUUGUGGUAACACUCUGUUGAUAUCUCUUGAGGAGCUGGUUAAGGAUGGUUUGUUGACAAAGGAAGAGCUUCCAAAACCGAUUGAUUCUGAGCGUGUGAACUACUCAACUGUUGCUGACAUCAAGGAUCCUCUAAUAACUAAGGCUGCAGAGAGGCUUAUUAGGAGUGAAGGUGAACUUAAAAGUCAGCUUGAAGAUUUCCGUAAUGACCCUGAUAUAUCAAGUUGGCUCGAGGAUGCGGCUUAUUUUGCAGCAAUUGACAGCAGUUUCAAUGCUUUCAGUUGGUACGAGUGGCCUGAACCUUUAAAAAAUCGCCAUCUUGCAGCACUGGAAGAAAUUUACCAGAGCAAACAGCAUUUUAUAAAUGUCUUCAUUGCCGAACAAUUUUUGUUCCAAAGGCAAUGGCAGAAAGUUCGCAAGUAUGCACAGAUGAAGGGAAUUAGUAUCAUGGGAGACAUGCCUAUUUACGUAGGUUAUCACAGUGCAGAUGUUUGGGCCAAUAAAAAACAUUUUUUGCUGAACAGAAAUGGUUUUCCUCUUCAAGUUAGCGGCGUUCCCCCUGAUGCUUUCAGUGAAACUGGUCAGCUAUGGGACAGCCCUCUAUAUGAUUGGAAAUCAAUGGAGAAAGAAGGAUUUUCAUGGUGGAUACGCCGCAUACGAAGAGCACAAAAUAUAUAUGAUGAAUUCAGGAUAGACCAUUUUAGAGGACUUGCUGGUUUUUGGGCCGUUCCUUCUGAAGCAAAAGUUGCAACGGUUGGACGAUGGAAGGCAGGACCUGGAAAAUCCUUUUUUGACGCCAUAUCCAGAGCAGUUGGGAAGAUUAACAUAAUAGCUGAAGACUUGGGAGUUAUCACUGAGGAUGUAAUUCAGCUAAGGAAAUCCAUCGGGGCGCCUGGAAUGGUCGUCCUCCAGUUUGCUUUUGGAAGUGAUGCUGCUAACCCUCAUUUACCGCAUAAUCAUGAGCCCAAUCAAGUUGUUUACACCGGAACUCAUGACAAUGACACGAUUCGAGGUUGGUGGGAUGUUUUGAAGCAAGAAGAGAAGUCCAAUGUCCUGAAGUAUCUUUCAAUCACUGAAGAGGAUGAUAUCUCAUGGAAACUCAUAAAGGCUGCAUUAUCUUCUGUGGCACGAACAGCAAUCAUACCUAUGCAAGAUAUUCUUAGGUUGGGAAAUUCUGCGAGGAUGAACAUUCCUGCUACUCAGUUUGGAAACUGGGGUUGGAGGAUACCUAGUUCCACGAGCUUUGAUAGCUUGGAGUCAGAAACUUUGCAACUGAGGGAUAUGUUGUCGAUGUAUGGGCGGCUGUAGAUUAUGGAUGCUCAUUUCAUCUCUCAUUCACUCGGUUAUGAACUAAAGUCAGAUGAAUGAGUCGACUUUGUUGUAUCAGAAUAAUCUAUAUACAGAUAUUAAUCAUGAAACAAAUUAUGUAACUUGAAUAAAAACGUUUGAAUCGUAUAAAUUGCAGCUGAAUAAAAUGGCAUAGUAGGUGUUUUUUCCACCAAAAUAAAGUGCCAUAUCGAUUUUUGUUUA